ACGAAAAAAAGUUAGGGCUGGCUUAGGAGCCCCGUGGAGCCCGCGUUCCAAUUUCCCACCCUGGCACUUCGGCUAUUUAUACAUUUCUACAUUCUCAAUAGUCCAUUCCCUACCAGCUUUCCGCACGCCACAACUCUUCCCUCUUUAUUUUUUCGUUCGCUUUCUCCAAACCUUUUCGUGAAGCAAACGCCGUCUUCAUAUGGCAUCGUUCGAUCUUGCUCCCCCCGGCGAUACCAAGUCCGGUGAGAAAAUCUUCAGGACCAAGUGCGCUCAGUGCCACACCGUUGAAAAAGGUGCCGGUCACAAGCAAGGACCCAAUCUGAAUGGUUUGUUUGGAAGGCAAUCGGGCACUACUCCUGGCUAUUCCUACUCUGCAGCUAACAAGAAUAUGGCCGUGAUUUGGGAAGAAAAGACGCUAUAUGACUACUUGCUUAACCCCAAAAAGGUACUAUAUUCCAGGGACAAAGAUGGUAUUUCCUGGUCUUAAAAAGCCCCAGGAACGUGCUGAUCUUAUUGCAUAUCUGAAAGAAUCCACUGCACAGUGAUUAUAUAUUUUUAUACCAUUCAAUUUUGCGGUGUGCAUUUGAAGUUAUGGAGAUUUAGUUUUCGGACAUUUAAUUCUGCCAUGCAGUAAGUACUGUAUCUCAGGCAAAUAAUGUAGGCUACAUUGGUCUGCAAUGCUAUUUUGUUCAUUUCGCAUUGCUUCUAAAAAAGCUGCCUAAUAUUGGCUGGUGUAACAAAUUAUAUAUUCAAAAUAUAAACAUUCUUAUCAGUAUUGAUUUAAUUGGAAUCACAGUUUAGCACUGUGCUUAGCUGAACUCAUUAUGUUGUGUUAUGGUUUAUUUCGGUUUUGCUUAGCUGAAUUCGGUAAUGGUAUGGAAAAGAGGAGGGUAAGCUAAAGUUCAAACAAAGGAUAUUCAAUCUUUGGAUUAAGCAGCCUUGAAGAGACUUUAGGUGAAAAUUUUUCGCAU